AGGAAGCGAAACUGAUCUCAGAGAGCUGCUCUCUCUCAGUCUGUGAGGGCAGGAAAAUGGCCAGUAUUUCAGUAGAUCAGGACCAGUUCAGCUGUCCAGUCUGUCUGGAUCUGCUGAAGGAUCCAGUGACGACUCCCUGUGGACACAGUUUCUGUAUGGUGUGUAUUAAUGGCUGCUGGGAUCAGGAGGAUCAGAGGGGGGUCUACAGCUGCCCCCAGUGCAGAGAGACCUUCACUCCGAGGCCUGUUCUACGCAGAAACAAUGUUAUAGCUGAAGUGGUGGAGAAACUCAAGAAGACAGAACUCCAAGCUGGUUCUCCUGCUCUCUGUUACGCUGGACCUGGAGAUGUGGAGUGUGAUUUCUGCACUGGGAGAAAACGCAAAGCCAUCAAGUCCUGUUUGGUGUGUGUAGCGUCUCUUUGUGAAGCUCAUCUUAAACCUCAUCUGAAAAUUCCAGCCUUGGUUAAACAUAAGCUGGUUACAGCCUCUUCAAAAGUACAAGAGAAGAUCUGCCCUCAACAUGAUAAACUGAUCGAGAUCUACUGUCGUACUGACCAGCAGUUUAUCUGUUAUUUGUGUACAAUGGAUGAACACAUGGGACACAGCACGGUUGCAGCUGUAGCAGAAAGAAAAGACAAACAGAAUGAGCUGAAGGAGAUGCAGAGGAGAUCUCAGCAGAGACUCCAGGAGAAAGAGAAGAAGCUGCAGGAGGUGAAACAGGCUGUGAAGACUCUUAAGAGCUCUGCACAGGCAGCAGUGGAGGACAGUGAGAGGAUCUUUACUGAGCUGAUCCGCUCCAUUGAGAAAAAGCGCUCUGAGGUAACAGAGCUGAUCAGAGCUCAGGAGGAGGCUGAACUGAGUAGAGCCGAAGAACUCCUGGAGCAACUGGAGCAGGAGAUUGCUGAUCUAAAGAGGAGAGAGGCUGAGCUGGAGCAGCUUUCACACACAGAGGAUCACGUCCAGUUCCUCCAGAGCUUCAAGUCUCUCUGUGUCUCUUCUGGAUCUGAGGACUCACCCAGCAUCUCUGUUCAUCAUCAUCUCUCAUUUGAUGGAAUGAGGAAAUCUCUCUCUGAUCUGAAGGAGAGACUAGAGGAAUUCUGCAAGCAGGAAUUCAGGAAAAUCUCUCCACAUGUUUCAGCAGUUCAGAUGAUUUUACCCUCAGAGGCAAAAACCAGAGAAGAUUUUCUACAGUAUUUCCGUCGUCUGACUCUGGAUCCCAACACAGUAAAUCAGUACCUCAGUCUGUCUGAGGAGAACAGAGUGGUGAUCAGUGGGAAAGACCAGUGUUACUCUGACCAUCCAGAGAGAUUUGACUUCUGGUAUCAGGUGUUGAGUAAGGAGAGUGUGAGUGGACGCUGUUACUGGGAGGUUGAGUGGAGCGGUAAGGGAUGGCUGUACAUCUCAGUCUCAUAUAAAGGGGUCAGCAGAAAAGGACAGAGUAAUGAAACCUGGUUUGGACACAACAGUCAGUCCUGGAGUCUGCAGUGUUCUCCCCCUCUCUCUUUCUAUCACAACAACAUUCAGACUAAGAUCUCAGCCUCAUCCUCCUCCAGAAUAGGAGUGUAUGUGGAUCACAGUGCAGGAACUCUGUCCUUCUACAGCGUCUCUGACACACUGACCCUCCUACACACAGUCCACACCACAUUCACUCAGCCGCUCUAUGCUGGAUUCUGGCUUCAAUAUAUUGGAACAACUGUGAGGUUCUGUGACCCAAAAUAAUGUAACUAUGUUUCAGUUCUUAAUUAUUAGGUUUUAAAUUACUGAAAUUGCUGCUUUAUAAUUGAUUUGUUUACUUUAUAACAGGAAGUUAAAAGUAGAAAUGAUUUUUAUUUAAAGAUUCUAAAACAUCCUUCGUAUAAAAUCCAUUUUCACAAUAAAUAAAAGCUAAAUAUGAUGAAAGGAUCAGAAAAUAUGACUAAAUGUUCUUUACACAAUAAACUAUAACACAAUAAUAUUAUAAAACAUGGAAGCUGAACAGCAAACAAUUAACAAGCUGCAACAACCAGAAACAAAAAGUGGAAAUAAAUUCAUAUUUGAUCACAUGUUCAUUUAUAAAGACGUCACCAGAAGAGACGUGUGGUCAGAACUUUAUAUGAAAUAGAGCUCUUUGAAGAGCCGGUAAGCUGUAGGGGGUGGAGCCUGUUUUUGGGGGCAUGUUUGUGUUUGUUUAUGUGAGGGAGUUUGGGAUGUGUUACAUUUGAUCCUUUCAUAUUGACAGAUUAUUGUUGAGGUUAUUGUUGUGAUUAUUGUUGAGGUUAUUGUUGUGAUUAUUGUUGUGUUAAUGUCCUCUUGGUUCUUAUGUGUUGGGUGGUGGGUUCUCUCACCUGUGGGAGAAUAAUCUGACCACUGCAUGUGUCUGUGAGAGAGCGCAGGGUUGUUGGGGGUCUGGGGGGCUCUAGUCUGUCAGUGGUAAAGAACAGAGAACUGAUGUUUAAUUUGUUUAUUCACUGUAGAUAAAAAAUAAAAGCUUCUAAACACUAAA